UGCGAUGAUAGUUUUCUACAGUGACCACUGAUUUUUCUGGAAUCUGAGCGGUUGUGUUGACUAUUGCCAUGGGUCAGCCUGAGGCGGAGGCGGAAAAGGAAAAAGGUAACGCUGCUUACAAAAAGAAGGAUUUUGAAACUGCGAUCGGUCAUUAUGACAAAGCAAUAGAACUUGAUCCAACAUGCAUAACGUAUCAUACAAACAAGGCUGCAGUGUAUUACGAAAAAGGUGAAUAUGAUAAAUGUGUGGAAGUGUGCUUAAAGGCUGUUGAGAUAGGCAGACAAAACAGAGCUGACUUUAAAUUGAUCGGAAAAGCUUACGCACGUGCAGCUCAUGCCUUUGAGAAAAAAGAAGAUUAUCAUAACGCUCUAAAGCAUUACAACUUGUCGUUAUCAGAAUCUAGACAACCGGAUGUUGAGAAGAGUGCUCGAGCCUUAGAAAAACUUAUCAAAGAAAAAGAAAGGUUAGCAUAUAUUGACCCAGAAAAGUCAGAAAUGGAAAAAGUCAAAGGAAACGAGUGUUAUCAAAAAGGUGAUUACCCGGGAGCCAUAAAACAUUACAGUGAAGCGAUAAAAAGAAAUCCAUCUGACGCCAAAAUAUAUAGCAAUCGUGCAGCCUGUUACACCAAACUGAUGGAGUUCCCUUCAGCUAUUACGGAUUGCGACAAGUGUAUCGAGCUUGACCCUGGGUUCGUCAAGGGCUAUCUCAGGAAAGGAGCUGCGUGUAAUGCUGUGCAGGAUUAUGCACAAGCAAGAAAGGCUUUUCGUAAUAAUUUCCAAUCAAGUCCUAAGACGUGUGAGAUCAUGCAGACCGAGAAGACUUCGGAAAACCACCCGGUUAGGAGAACGCAACAACAAAUAAUUAUUGGGUCCCUAAUACUCAUUAGGUCUCCAAUGUAAUUGGUCAUUUAAUCUACUCGGUAUUGUGAAAUGUCAAAACUGUCGGCUGUUGAGAUCAAAUUUAAUAGUCUAAAGAUCAAAAUGUUCGUUACAAGCAUGUCAGCAGUUAUGUUCUAGAUUUAUUGUUUUUUAUUCCUGAGAAGUAAAUACUUAUCAAUAGUUUGGUAAGUGCUAAGUCUAUCCAUGACAUAACGCUUCGUAAUGAAAAAAUUCGUUCUAGACUAAUCGUUAAUUCAUAACGACUCCCUGAAUGCUAUUAAACACUUAUACAGUUUGAAUUAACUACAAGUCUAGUAAGUGAUUCCUAAAUGUCGAGUUUUACUGCUGAACUAUAAAAGUGCACGCUACCUAUGUUUGCGAAGGUUUACAUACCGUAAUUCGCUUGAAUCGACCGUUCAGUUAACUUAUUCGCUACUCUUUUAUGUAUGUACUCAAACAACUUUGCUAUAUAACUGAACUGGGGAACAAAUCCACGACGACUAUGGUUAAAGCUUAUGUUCCGUACUAUUAUUAUUGAUACAUGUUUGUUAGUUAAUAGAUAAUUGUCGUAGAUGGACCAGUAGCAGAUUAAAAAACGCGGAAAAUUAGAAAGCAUCAUACAUUUAAUAUAAAUGCUAUUUUCGUGGUUCCGAUAUUCCCUAAUAGACCAUUCAAACAUGCCAUUUUUUUAUGCCGACUUACGAGUCGCACUCACCGCUUAAUGUUUGAAUGACAAAAGUUUUCAGAAUAGUAGUCCAGGUUCGCUUGGAAUAACUGCUAUUUUUGUUUGAUUUCGAAAGAUUUUCCGUGACAGAUAGUAAAGUUGAUCAUCCCGGAGUUACAAAUCCAAGAAUAAUCAUUCUCGCAAAUCAGGCUCCUGGUAAUUUCCUCCUGUCCUUUAAUCACACAAGCGGUACCACUAUAUAUAGGUUUUAAACCUCAGGAACACUUUCAUUUGAAACCGCCAGUUACCCGGCAGUUAUAAGUUUAUUGUUCGAGAUAAAGUUGCAGCAAACCCACGUCAUCAUAUGAUUAAUGUUAUCUGUGCACCUGUAUAGGCACUGUUCUUUAAGAUAAAUAUUGAAGUAUCAUGUUUCUGAGGUUAAUUCUUAGCCGUCUGAUUCUCACCCGCUCGCAACUGUAUUGCAGCAAACUCAAGUGUUAAGAGAAACUAACUAUAUACCACACUAAGCAAUCUCCAAAAACCGUUUGUCGUGAAUCGACAUUGCCAUAACAUGGUCUUGCACUAUUCCGUCCAGAUUAUAUAUAAAAGUCUAACAGUCACAAUGUUUAAAUGAAAUACUUAAUACUACCGCUAGUUAAAUGCAAUAAAGUGUUACCUGUAUGUACAACUAGUAGGUGAUGUAUUACUGUGUUAUGUUUACUAAUAUUUUAUGACUAUAUUUUUCAGAAAAGCUCUUGAACUGGAUCCAAAUUGUUCAGAAGCUCAUGAGGGUCUUAUGCAGUCAUACAAAAAUGACAAUGAUCCAGAAGCUGCUCGCAAACGUGCUAUGAACGAUCCGGAGAUUGCUUCAAUCUUGUCUGACCCAGCCAUGCGCCUUAUUCUAGAACAGAUGUCAGAUCCUGCUGCACUUCGUGAACACUUUAAUAACCCAGAGAUAGCAUCCAAACUAAUGAAGCUGAUCGAUGCCGGUUUGAUUUCAUUCCGAUGAACUCUCGUUGUUGGCAGCUCUGUUCCCAGGAAAAUAAUUCCCCCAAAGUUUUUUUUAAUUAUUAUUACUAUUUAGGUGUUCUUGAGGGAUGAAAAAGUCGAAAGUUCAAAUACUUACCUUUGUCGACCAUCACCUUCGAGUAAACUCUUGAGUGAGAGCCAAUACUUUCUGCUCGCUUAAAGUUUGAUUCACUUAAGUAAUUUGAAACUACUUAAUGUCCCUACUGUUUCAUGUACAUUUUUACAAACCCACGUUCUGAAAAUACAUGCGAGUAAGGU